GCCUCUGCUUCAAUGUCAUGCAGGACCGGGACCUCGCCUUCAUGCUCGAAAGAAGCCCCGCUCUGGAGAUUCUCGUCAUCAUCGCAAACCAGACCGGGCUGCGCCUUCGCCUCGUCAGCCACAGCCUGCGGUGCGUCGAGCUAGGCUGCGCCUACUUGGACGAUAUCGUCGUGGAGGAUGCCCCUCGUCUGGAGAGGCUCUUCCAGUGGACAACGUUCGGUGACCUCUCCGAGGGCAAUCCCAACCUUUGCCAGCACUCGAGGAUACAGAUUGGCCAUGCACCCAACCUGCGCGUGCUGGGAUACCUUCAGCCCAGAGAGAAUGAGAUGGAGAUUACCAACACCGUCGUCCUGGCUGGGACCAAACACAACAUUGUCCCAAGUGUCCAGGUCUUCGCCAUGGAGGUGCCAUUCGGGGUCCGUAAUGCUGUCAAGAAGGUGCCUGCCUUCCUCAGAUGUUUCCCCAAUAUUCAAACGCUCCAUGUCCAGUCCGAGAAACGUGAUGAGACAACUGGAAAGGUCAAUCUCAAGUUCUGGCAGGAAGGUGGUCCGAUUAAAUGUGUCCUCUCCAUGAAGAAGGUGUUCUUCUACGAGUUCCGAGGGUCCAGAAGCGAGGUUACUUUCCUCAAGUUCAUCGCUGAGAGAGCUCGGGUGCUGGAGAAGAUGGUGGUUGUGGUGGCCGGUGAAUGUCUCUCUUCAGGGGAUGAUGUGAAUGCCAAACUCAAGUCCCUGACCGGUGCAAAAUGGAUGAAUAAAGCCUGCAAACUUGAGCUCUUCAAGAGCCCACACCCUGAAGUGGCAUCUCCAGUCUUCUGCCACGAGCUGGCAUCCGAUUUCUCGUUUCCUGACCCUUUUGACCUCGGCUACUAUACAGAAUCUCUGUAAGUGUCCAAGUUAAACCGAGCUAGCCUGUACAGGAACACUACUGGUACCUAGGCUUUCGUCCGACUCUGCAGCAGCUAAAUACCUGCAUUUCAUUCGUGUGCUAGCUGGUGGGAGUAGCAUGCAUUUUCUGUAACAAGCUGUGCGAAGCCGA